GUUUCAAAGUUCAUAUAUGGACUUCUUUUUACACUGCACAUGUGGUUUAUGAAUGAAGUCUGAUUGCAAGAAGAAUUUAAGUGAAAAUAAGUGACAGGUUUGUGGAUAAAAGAAAGCAUAGACAAUGGCAGACACCAAUGAGAUGACAAUCAACCUUGUUGUCCUUGGAAAAACUCAGACUGGCAAGAGUGCUUCUGGGAACAGCCUGCUGGGCAGCUCAGACUUUGAGAGCCGUCGCUCCCCAAGCUCUGUGACUACAUGCUGUAGCCUCGGACGCAGCUGCCGCAUUUUGGGGAUUAUGCGAAGAAAUGGCUGCAAGCUGGCUCUCCACGUUCGAGUACUUGACACUCCAAGCUACCCUCACAGUGCUCUGAGCAAGGAGCAGGUGAGAGACAUGGUGGGAUCAGCCCUGGCUCACCACUUCGGGGAGGAAGGCCUGCACCUGGCUCUCUUGGUCCUGCGGGCUGACUUGCCUCUGUGUCCGGAUGAGAGUAAUGAUGCAGUUCAGUUCAUCCAGGAACUUCUGGGUCCCACAUGGAAGGAUUUCACUGCAGUUUUACUUACUCAUGCAGACAAGGCAGAAGAAGCUGGAUGCAGUGAAGAAACAUACUUGCACAGUGCCUCAAGUACUCUGUUGUCACUUUUGAGCUCAGUACAGCAUAAAUACAUUUUCCUAGACAACCAGAAGAGCAUAAUCAAAGAGGAAAGAACCAUUGUCUUAAGAAAGCUCUUGAAUUUUAUAAGACAAAAUAAUUAUCAAGUGCUUUUACUUAAAAACAGCAAGGAAUAAAAUAAGCUUUCAGGUGCUCAUUUGUCUAUUUUCUAUGGUAGAUAACAUUUAAUAGAAAUAAAAAAGUAGAAGCCAUCAGCUGGAAAACUCCACAUCCAAAUACCUUUGAACAUACAAUUAGAAAUAUCUCUUUAAAUUACCAAACUACUUGCCUUUCAUAUAAUACCUUACACUACUGCAUCCAGAAUCCUAGCUUCAACCACAAAAUCAGAAAAAGUUAGUGCUCUAAAAUCACGCCCUUGAUAUGUAUGUAGUCACAAAUGAGAUUUUGUACUACAUCAGACUGUAUAUUCCAGCUCAAAUAGAAUAUACAUCUGGAAGAUGAAAAAAAAACAAAACAAAACAAAACUACAAAAUGAACAUGAGUUUAGACUGUAAGGGAGCCUCUUUUGCUAUUAUUCAAGCUUUCAAGAGUUCCUCUGAAUUCCAGAUCUUCCUCUGAACUUCUAUCUCUAUAAAGAGCUCUCUGGUAUGAAAAGCUAAGAUUUAUCUCCUGUAAAAGUAUUUCCUUACCACGAUUCAAGAUUAGUUAUAACUGAGUUUUUGAACUUCAAGGAUUUUGUUUAAUAAGCCACUAUUGAAUAUGUAGUUUACAAGGCAGAUAAAAUGGCUUCCAUGUGCUUAAUGCUAUUCAGCACAUUUAAAAGAACUAAUUACUAUUGCUUAUUCCCAGAUGCAUAAAAAAUGAACAGUUUACAGGCACAUACAAAACUCAUUUGAAAAGGAAAUCUGUUCAUCUUCUCUUUUACACAUGUUCCUUUUAAUUUUAUAUCAUUGUCAUUUUGUUUUCUCUCCAUUUAUUGGAUGAAGUUCAAAGCCUGAAAAAUUCAGAGAGGUUAAUAUUUUUUUAUUUCAGUAGUUAAAAUAGCACUUACUGCUUCAAUGGUUAGACAGUAACCAUUUCAUUAAAUAUCAUAUGCCAAAAUAUCUGAAAUAUCUCUAAAUAGCUACUUAAAAGGGUUACUGUAAAUUGACCCAAAAUGUUUAUUUUCAUAUUUUUAAAAGUCAGGAAUCAAAAGAAGUAAUUUGAGGCUAUUACCCUAGCAACAUGACUAUUUGUACAACAUUACUACGGAAUAUCUAGAACAAGCAGCAAUCACAGGUAUUGAGGCCAUGUUGCUGAGAACACAGCUGUGUUG